AUAUCAACGCUACGGUUCGAUUUUCAGUGAGAGUUUAUCACCCUUAAAAAACCGGUCAUUGCGAAGCUUCUGUACCUUCUGUAUCGUAGUAGGUAUUUCGCGUUUAAACAGUGUGUAAAGUUAUCAUUAUUAACCUUGUAAGGGAAGCUUCGCGUUCGGCGGUACAUCGAGCGUCGAUUGCUGAAAGAUACAAAAGUGGUUUAAUAAAAUCCGUCUAGGAAAUAAGAAUGAGUCCAUUGAAUCGAGGACCGUUGCUAGGGCCUAGAAUCCCUCCAGCUGGAAUACGACCUCCUCUACCUCCUAGAUUCGGCGGUAGGCUUCCACCUCCUGGUCUGCCUCCAAGAAUGCCGCCGCCGCCUAUGAAUCCAGUUUUCGGCCCCAUGAGACAAAGACUGCCGCCUCCACCAAGACCAGGUGGUGUGACCCGACCUAGUGGACCCAUACCGUUGUUCGGCCCAAGGGUCAGAGGUAUGGCUCCUAUGGUUCCACCAAUGGGCUUACGGGGUGCUGGACCUAGAGGACCGUUAAUGAGACCAUGGUCCAGAAGGGGAUUACCACCUCAAAUUUUACCCCAUAUGAGACCACGGUUCUCCAUAGGAAAUGGCAAUACUAAGGGCAAAGGAUUAAACAAUGUGAAAAAAGUCAGCAAAUUGGAAGAAUUAGAACUAAAGAAGCCAUGGAUGACUGAUGAAAUUCGCAGUGAAAUACAAAAGAAAAAUAAGCUUUAUGCUAAGGCAAAAAAAAAUAAAGAUGCAAAAGAAUGGGAAGAGUUCAAGGACUUGAGGAAUAAAGUAACAAGAAUGAUCAGAGAAGCUAAAAAUGAUUAUCUUGCAAAACAUCCUGAACAGGCUCAUCUUUAUCCAAACGAUGAAGACCCGUAUGAUCAGAGAGACGAAAAUUAUACCACUUCAGAAGAAAUUGAGUCGUAUUAUUGUGAAAUAUGCGACAGAGAUUUUCCAUCGGAGGAUGGUCUUUUUACACAUAAAAAUGAACACAAAGUUUGUGGUAUCGAUGGAUGUACCUUUUCUGCUCAUCCAUUGCUUGUUGAAAAACACAUUACCAUGCAACACAACAGUGGUUUAUAUCACAGGAUGACAAAUCUAACAACUCGAGAAGACAUUGAAAAAUGGGUAAUGGAAAGAAAGAAACGAUAUCCUACGAAAGCUAAUGUUGAGUUACGGAAAGCAGAAGAAAUUGAGAAGGUAAAGAGGGGAGAAAUAAUUAAGCAGAAGCAAGAUGUUACAAAACGAAAACGAAACAAAGUGUUACGGUCAAAGAAUAGGAAACGAAUAGUACCAAAACGAUCUACACAAGUAUAUAGUGAUAAUGUGCAAGUGCAAACAUUGUAUAGAGGUUUAAACGAAUUUUCGGGAACACAUGUUCUUGUAUUAAACAUUUCAGUAAGUUUACAAGAAACGGAGUUGCAAGAGGAAGAUGAAACUAAUAACAAAACCAUAGAUAGCGAGUGUGAGCAAAGUGUUAACUUUAUUUCCGACGAGGAAGAUGUACUAAUUCCUUCAACUCAGCCAGCAAUUACUACUUUUUGCUUACCUAGUUUAGUAGCAAAUUAUGGAAGUGCGUCUGAAGAAAGUGAUGCGCCCGAAGAAGUUCCAAUUAAGAAAGUAACACUAGAGUGUGAUGUAAUUACAAAAGAAAAUAAUAUUGAAAAGGAAGAAGUAAAAAAUAAUGAGUCGGUUGUUAACACUGCAUACUUGAACAUAAAUGAACAGCAAUGUUUAAAUUCACAGUCGCAAUCAAAUUUAAUUUCUAGCAAUACAACUCCACAACACAAAAAUAAACAAAAUACUGACUCAAAACAACAUCCAAAAGUUAGAGAGCAGAGAACGAUUGUAAAUAAGAAACAACCGCACAAUUUGCAGUUAUUAGAAAGAUUGCUUUCGCGAUCUAUACAACAUGAAAGAAAUGUAAUUUGCCAAUGUAUUAGAUAUAUAGUAGAUAAUAAUUUCUUUGAUAAAUAGCUAGGUAGUAUAAUGUAUAUUUUUAUUAAUGACACGAUGAACAUUAAACUACCUCACGUUUAUAUUGGUCCUUGAU